UUUCGUUAAAAACAAAGCAAGAACGUGCGCUCGAUUUCAUAACUUUUACAACAUCUCAUGCAAACUGGRACUUAACUGAAAUAACCACCUAAACAGCUGAUACUGACCAAAAGUUUUAAUCAUAUUUACAACAAUUUGAUGCAUAUAAAAGAAAAGAAACUUUGCUACGAAAACGAGUUCGAGAACUAGAGGAUAAAACAGUGUACCAUGUCGAGUUUACAGWGUGAUGAAGUCACAAUAAACACAAAGCAAAAUGAUAAACAGCGAAUGAGAUGUUUGAAGCAAGAUGUCAUUCUACUGGCGGUUGCAAUCCUGAUAUUUGCUGGUAUCGUUGUAAUGGGUCUGUUUUCUACCCUACCCUCCUUAGGAGCUCCGGCUCUUCCAGCUUUUAACGAUCCCUUGAAGGGCUUUGAACCAAGAGGAACAUAUCUCAGCAACCGAAUAUACACCAAUGGCCUUUUGGACAAAUACAUCAGUACAAACCAGCUUGUAUCAGCURAACCAAACACUAACGUUACAAGCUCUUCAAGGAAACGCCGAGUAACAACCAGCAAUGCGCAGUGUCAAGACACCUACUACGGUAGAAUCGCUUAUGCAUCUAAAUCAUCAGARAACCUACUAACCGYUGACAACUUGAAGUCCAUGUGUUAUUUAGAAAACAAGAUAAUGAAGUCCAGUCCAUCGAAAUUUGAUAGGGACUACCAAGGAGGUUGUCCCAACUGUUGCCCUAGCUUCUCCUUAGGUGGAGUUGUUGCUCAGUUUUCCAAUAAAAGUAAUUGUGAAAACAUUACCGACAACGAUGUUAAGAAAACAAUGGAAAUUCUUGCAAAUUGUUCAGUUUAUCUUGUAAAAGGAUUAUUAAGAGAAUCCUGCGACUGCAACAACUUGACCUCCARCAGCGUYUCGCAAGGYUGUCCUUCUGUUCCUUGCAUUUGCAGCUGGAAGAAGGUUGYGUUCAACACUUUCCAUAAAUUGGUUGACAGUGAAUUCUUGAAGACUCCAAGUCAGACUAAGUUGAAGUAUUCAGCUACACUUACGCCUACUACAUGGACCAGCAACGACCUUUACAAGAACAUCUAUGACAGYCAUUUCAAGCAAAACUUCCCCGAGUAUAAAGAUGUGAAGGUAGUUGGUUUUGACUUUGGCAGAUUUAGAUUUGAACUUUUUAGUACUGUUGUGGUUGAGAAUGCGAAAUUCCCUUUCAUUGCGAUGGCAUUUGUGUUAUUGUUUAUGUGGUUUUUCCUCAAGUCUUUUAUAUUAUCUCUGCUAUCAAUGUUGACUAUCAUUUUCGCACUUGUGCUGUCGUACUUCCUUUAUUCCGUUGCAUUUGGCAUUAAGUUUUUUCCGUUUUUGAACUUAUUAACACUUGUCUUCAUCGUGGGAAUUGGUGCAGACGACGCCUUUGUGUACUAUGACAUCUUUAGACAGACAAAAACUGCAAACCCAAAUGACAACUUGUUAACUUUGACAAUCAAAACUCKUAAAGAUGCGGCUCUUUCCAUGUUUGUUACAAGUUUCACAACCUCAGCAGCUUUUUUUGCCAAUGUCACAUCCCAUAUCAGCUCCAUUAAGACAUUCGGGAUCUUUGCUGGAUUAUCAAUUUUAACCAAUUAUUUGCUGAUGAUAACAUGGUUUCCAAUUAUUGUAAUACUCCACGAGCGAUGGGUUCGGAAGAACAAAGUCGAUCAAAUUGUAAAGUCUCCCAAGCAAGACAAAGUCGCUCCAGAAAAGAUGGAAAUUGUUGAUCGUAAUGGAAGUGCAUCGAAAAAAGGAACCGAAACUCCCAAGCGAAGCMUSUGCUGUCUCAUCUGUUGGGCAAUUGACUUUCCGUGUCACUUUUGCGCCCSAAACAAAAGUUUUCUCUCAAAAGUUAGUCAAAAGGUCUUCAAUACAUGGCUGCCAAAUGCAAUUCUUAAGAAACGGCUGUAUUUCUUGUGGAUUUUUCUGGCUAUCGGUUUAUCUGUUGGCUUUGCUUGUGUAUGCCUCGUGUCUCCAGGWCUUCAAUUGCCCUCAACCAAUGACUUUCAAGUAUUUUCAUCCAGGAGUUUAAUAGAACAAUAUAAUCUUCACAUAAAGAAGAAUUUCCGCUACGCCACUCAAGAGGCAGGAAACAUGAAAGUCGAACUGAUAUGGGGCAUUAAACCAACUGAUAACGGYAAUUAUUUGGAUCCCGACAACAAAGGAACUUUGGAAUAUGACGGCUUAUUUGAUCCCGAUUUUACGACUCAAGCUUCUCAGAAGUGGCUAUCGUCUUUUUGUAAAAGUUUAGAAAGUCAGGCGUUUUUCGCUGGUGAUGUAACUUCAUGGAGAGGAGGCUCACUAUGCAGCAUAGAGACAAUCAAUCGCAGAUGCAGUUCUCAGUCGAACAAACCCUCUUGUUGUAAGGCUAACACAACCUUUCCAUUUCCCAAAGAAGUGAUUGAUGGUUGCAUGACAGCCUUGGAUUUGUACGAACCUGUUACAUACUAUGAAAGRUCRAACAGCUWUAAGCCUAGGGUCUUGAGGAUGUAUUUCUAUUCYAACGUUUUCUGGACUGCUAAGUAYAACCCCAUGGACACCUUUUGGAAUCAAGUCGACACUUGGUCCAAGAAGCACUUCUCGGAAGCUCCAUCUCCUUUCAAGACUGGGUGGGCCGUUUCCAGUCCGCUUUAUCGAAUGUACAGUGUACAAUGGAGUCUCCAGAAGGGUACAGUCUCAUCACUGGGAAUUGCAAUUGGAAUUGCAUUUGGUGUUAUGCUGCUGACCACAUUGAAUGUCUUCAUCAGUCUCUAUGCUAUCAUCACUAUCAUAGGCAUCAUUGCCAUGACGGUCGGAUGUCUGGUGUUGWUAGGAUGGGAGCUUAGUGUUUUGGAGUCUAUAGUGAUAUCCGUAGCUGUAGGUCUGUCUAUAGACUUCACAAUGCAUUAUGGGGUAGCCUAUCGGUUAUCAYCGGRCAAAGAGAAUAGGAAAGAGAGAGUUCGCUACUCGUUGAUCCAUAUCGGUUCUGCUAUUUUCAUGGCAGCAUUUACUACGUUCAUAACAGGGCUUAUCAUGAUGCCAGCUGAAGUYCUUGUGUACAUCCAAUUGGGACAGUUCCUGAUGCUUGUAAUGGUGUACAGCUGGCUGUUUGCGACCUUCGGAUUCCUUUCUUUGAGUGCUUUUAUUGGCCCAGUCAGAAAUUUCGGACAGCUUAGCCUUACAAACAUUUGCUGUUGCAAACAACGAAAGAAGGGGGUAUCACCCACAGAGGACAACGAAAUGGAACAUUCCUACAUCAAUGAAAUAGACGAUGAUUUGGAUGAAAUGGAUGGAAAACCGAAUGGUGAUAACAAAGAAAAUAAAGAGGGGAGAAUUGCUCAACGUAAACGUUUCCAGAAAGAAAUCUUCUGGUAAUUGAAUAAAGUCAAAAGACCAAGAGAUUAAGAACCACUAGGUGAAACCAAGUAAUCUUGCAAAGCAUUCUGGUAGUCACGGAAAUGACGUCRUCGUGCACUGGCGACACAUUUUCAACAUUUCAAGAAAUUUCUCAAUUUUAUUGUAUUAUAUUUUAAUAAAUGAAUUUAUACGAUAUUUACAGAUGUAUAUUAAAAUAAUACGAAGAUGUAUUAGUGAUGUUUACGACGAUGUUUACCAUAUAGUAGACUUCGCUUUAACUCAGUUUUUUUUUAACUCAGUUGUCGAGAGACUCUGUGGCAGCCGGUAAAGACGUUUCUGUCAUUGUCAUAAAACUAUUCUACAUACACACAACCAAACAAUUACUGUUGUAAAUUCUAUUCAUAUUAAACUUCUUCAGUAAAUCCUCA